UUUAGUUUUGCUGGUUAGAAGUCACAAUAUUUGCUGCAGUGACAUCAAUGCACUCAUGGAAACGCUUUAAUUAUUGGCUGUAGUCUCUGCUUGCUAACAUUAGCUUCUAACACCCAUUUCAGCACACUCUGAAUGGAGACUUUGACCACAGGGAAACAAAUAUAGGUUACAAAAACAGGGUUGGUCUCUGCUCUCAUUUGUUGUUUGUUGUAGGACCACAGUGUAACGCACUGUCUCCAUGACAACAGUCUAUUUCCUGUUUCCAUGACUCGUGAUGUCGACGAGUGAGAUAUCUCAGAGGGUCAGAAAGUACAGUAAAGAUGAACUUCCUGUUUCACUUUAGGUCUCUGCUCAGCACUGGCACAGUUUUUAUUUUCUAGCUUGUGACUUCAGUUUUUGUUCCUUCGUGUCAGGUGAAGAGAUUCACUCGCUGAUUCUGAGUGGACCUUCAGUUUAAGGUCGAGUUGUGGACACAGCGCGUGUCGAGUUCAUGUAAAAUCCUGCUGGACUGCAUCAUGUGUGUCUGGUCAGUGUUUCGGUGUGUGAUAAACCUGGAUCAGAUUUCACAACACUGAUUGCAGCAGGUUGUCCCGUCUGUUCAACGGUGCAGAUGUGUCAGAAACGUCCCACAUCAAAGACUCACAGAUCAGUGCUGGAGUCAUUUAUCGUCUGUCAGCUGAUCAGGUUUCAGAUAUGUUUGAUCCAUCGAGGAGAUGAGCGGGAGUCUCAGGUUCGCACACAUUUCACAGACGCCUUCAGAAAGCUUUGAUGUCCACAAAGAUCUGAUCUGAGGUCUGUUUUCAGCUGCUGAAAGGGCUCUGAUUAUCAGAAUGUGUGAACAGCUUCUGGCCUCCACCUCCUCCUGAGGGAAAGUCUGCUCUGAGUCUGCCGAUGGGCAGCUCUGAACACGACUCCAGAACCAGAAAACACGAGCUGAAAGUCAGCGUGAAGCUCCAUGCAGACGAGAGGAGCUGCAGAUUCGGGUGAUGGUUCACUAGCAGAGACACCAGCACACUGUCAGCUCACACUCUUCAUAUAAAAAUAUUCAUUAGACACUUUAUCUCCAAUGGGAUCUACUUCUGUCUGAAAUCUCUUCUAUACACACUCUUCUGAAAUGGGGUCUAAAUUUCUGUUUCAUUAAUGCACAAACACUGAACCGAUGACUGAAACAUCUUUUCACUCACAAAAAUCAGUUCACAUCAGACCGAAGCUGCCUCAUGAGAAAACAGUAAAAUGACUCACUGUGUAAAAGGCCUUCUUAUCUCAGCAGAGCUUCCUGUCAGUUUGGUUUGAUGAAAACAUUGGACCUCAGGGAGUAAGAAGCAGGAAGGGUUGGCUUAAAGCGUGCAGUGUGAACACAGCCUGUCUGUUAACAGCUGAUCCUGGAGCAGCUCUGAUUUAUGUCUCUCACACCUGGUUCAGACCUUUGAUCGGGAUGAUGACAGCUCGAGACGCCCUGCUGAAGAUGCCGCUGAGCGAGCCGGCGUCUCCGUCUCACCUUUCAGGAGUCGCCAUGUGUUUAUCUACUGCUGACAAACUGACUCCAGGUCAGAGACCAACGCGUCUGUUUCUUCUGUUUCAGGUCCUCGUCGUCCUUGCGGCCGCCGACAUGUCUUCAGCCAGAGCUGCAGCCGUCCUUCUGCUGAGCUACUGUGUCCUCGUCGUCCCGCCCUGCAGAGGUCAAGGAAGUGACUGCAGCUGUAAAGACACCAACAGUCGCUGUGACGAGUCGGGAGUCUGCAGGUGUGACCCCGGCUGGGACGGCGAGCGUUGCGAGCGCUGCGUGCCGAUGCCCGGCUGCCUUCACGGCUCCUGUGAGCAGCCCUGGCAGUGCAGCUGCGAGCCGGGCUGGGGAGGCCGCUUCUGCGACAAAGACCUGUUCGUGUGCUCGCAGCGGCCGCCGUGUCAGAACGGAGCGACUUGUGUGAUGGAGGACAGCGGCGAAUACACCUGUGUGUGCCCUGAAGGUUUCCACGGCCGAGACUGUCAGCUGAAGACGGGACCGUGUCACCAGAGGAGGUCUCCCUGUAAAAAUGGCGGACUGUGUGACGACGCUGACGGCUUCGCGGCAGAGUUUACGUGUCGCUGCCUGGCCGGCUUCACGGGGCCACGCUGUGAGACUGACGUGGACGACUGCCUGAUGAGGCCGUGUGCUAACGGCGCCACCUGCCUGGAUGGCAUCAACCGCUUCUCAUGCCUCUGCCCCGCCGGUUUCACCGGACGCUUCUGCACCAUCAACCUGGAUGACUGCGUCAGCCAGCCCUGCCUCAAUGCCGGCCGCUGCCUCGACCGUGCCGGUGGCUUCCACUGCGUCUGCCAGCCUGGCUACACCGGAGCCAUCUGUGAAACGGCGCCAAGGGGCCACGAAGACCGCGAGCCGGGGUGGGAGGGAGUAGACGGCGGGGUCAGAACUCACCUGACCACUGGGGCUAAGAACCAGAGGAACAGCAUCACUGUCAGCAGUAACAGCAGUCGCCAUGACAACUGGCUUCUUAAAGUGACAGUGAGCGAACGCGGCGCCACCGGCCUAUCGGAGGACCAGCUCAUCAUCCUGCUGGUGCUGGCGGGGAUGACGCUCGGCGUGGUGGUGAUGACUGCUGUCUUUGUACUGCAGGGUCGCUGCAGGAGCUGUGGCCACACCCCUUGCUGGGUGCUGACAUCAUCUCCAUCAUCUUCAUCAUCAUCAUCCCAGCAGAGAGGAGAGAAGAGCAACCGACGAGGGCGGCCAGACGAGCAGGAGUGUCGGAUCAGCUUCCUGAACGUAGCAGAAUCAGAGAAGAAGAAACUGAACAGUGACGUCAUAUAGACGGGGUCAGAGGUCACCUGACAGCCUCACCUGUCUCAUGGUCACAUCUGUGUACACCAUGUCCACCUGCUGAUGUUUGUAGUCCACCAAUUUAUCAAACAGCAGGGACUUUCACACAUUCUUCUUCCUCAUUGCCUGCGUUACCCACAAUGCACCUCCCCCACCAACAGCUGUGUGAGAUUGUGGUGAGUUAGUGGCAGCUAAUGGAAAGAGCUGCAUAGGUGAUGCUGACUUCAUACUGCUGCUGAUGGACAUUUUACAGAACAUAGCAGAAACAUCUGGGAAAACCUGGAGAUACCUGGAAACACCAGGAAAUGUCUGGAGAUACCUGGAAACAACACCUACUGACUGGAGUCCAGCUUUAAAGCGACAGUAACUGAUGAAGGUGUGAUGUUGUACAGGAUGUACAGAACAUUUUGCACACCUUAUUCUUCAUUUAAAUUAAUUUUACUUUUUGACUGUGUGCUGUAAGCUUCACUAACAUCAAACUUUAACAUGACAUUUCUGGAAUCUGA